CAGACAUACGAAUGGGACAGGGUCCACUGAUCAGUAAUUGUCCUCGCCGCAGUCGUCUCAACAAGGCAAUGUCUGGGAGAUCAGAGCGCGGUGCAAUCAAUGGAUGAUCGCUACUCCGAGUGCUGGGUGCAACCAGACGCAAAAAAAAGCUUGAUGUCGGGGAGGUGAGCCGAUACGAUAUACCCUGGUGUUGACGGAGUUACUGUUAGUCAAGCUAUCCAAGGCCCUGCUGGACUACUGGAAGCCAGUCUGGGAUACAUUUUUACCGUAUUACGAGUCUGCUCACGGUAGUCCUCUGGAUACGAUGGGUCUCUACGGAGUACUACAAACCGUCAGAUGGAUGUUCCCGAUCGCCGCAUUCUCCACCCGGCAAGGGACCAGCACCACGCUUUGGACAAGUGGCCCGAACUGACAAGAGAAAAAAUCAAAAACACAAAAAAAAAGCGCCAUCAUUCUUGGCCUAACAGCUGCAUGCGUAAGAGGGCCCGCGAGAUCGAAUGAGCGGCCGGGGAUUUCGACGAUAACGUUGGAUGCUGCCAUCAUUGCUCAAUUUGGCGCCAACCCAAUCCUCCAGUGAUAGAGUCCACUCAGGCACGCAGUUUACUACGGAGUAUACUACGGAAUAUACUACGGAGUACAUAGUACGUCCAUACAGUGAUACACACACAGACAGAACCCUUCCUUUCCCGCGGACGUUUGCAGCCUUCCAGGUACACAUGGGCCUUCUGUGGAGCAUCGGGUUACUCUUCC